AUUCACUCCUGGCCCCGUCCCUCCCACCCAGAGAGAGAGAGAGACCAUCCCAUCCCCGAAACAAUUUCCACAAUCUGCAGGAUGUCUCCGUCGGUUUGGCAACUGGGGUGGGCGUGGGGGAGGGGCGGUUUUUGGGAAGAUGGUGGCACAGCAGGAUCCCGUUGCAGCAGAGAGCAUAUCUGUUGGUUGAGAGGCAUGGACUGCCUUGUCAGGGAGAGCAGCCAGGUUAUGACCUUGCUGCUGUACUGCAGUGGUUUGCCCAGCGAGUGGAUCGCAUCAUCCUCCUGUUCGAUGCCCACAAACUGGAGAUCUCGGAUGAAUUCUCGGAAGCGAUCCGGGCGCUGAAGGGGAACGAGGACAAGAUCCGAGUGGUGCUGAACAAAGCCGACCAGGUGGACACCCAGCAGCUGAUGCGGGUCUACGGGGCCCUGAUGUGGUCACUCGGUAAAGUCAUCAACACGCCCGAGGUCAUGAGGGUCUACAUCGGCUCCUUCUGGUCCGAACCCCUCCUCAUCUCCGAGAACCGGAAGCUCUUUGAGCUGGAGGAGCAGGAUCUGUUCCUGGAUCUGCAGAACCUGCCUCGGAACGCUGCCCUGCGGAAGCUGAAUGACCUGGUGAAGAGAGCCCGGCUCGUGAGGGUCCAUGCCUAUAUCAUGAGCUACCUGAAGAAGGAAAUGCGCGGUGUCCUCAGGAAGGAGAAUAAGAAGAAGCAGCUGAUCUCCAAUCUGCCAGAGAUCUUCAGGAACAUCCAGUUGGAGCACCACAUCUCAGCAGGAGAUUUCCCAGACUUUGAAAGGAUGCAGGUCAGUCCCAUCUCAUUCCACUCGGGUGAGGGGCAGGGGGAAAAAUCGAUAUUUGUGAAAGUAACCUCUCUGUUCCUUUGUGUCUCCUCAUGUGUUCUGCAGUUAAUCAGAAACCCCCUCUAUCAUGACAAAGCAUCUGUUCUAACUCUAACCCAUCAACAGAACUGUUGUCACCAGAAACAUUUCACUCCAUUGCCCUGCACAGGUCCUUUUCCAGAGUUGUUUUGCUUUUAUUUCAGAUUCCCAGAACCUGCAGGAUUUUGUUCUGGGAAUAAUGAUCCUAUUCUAACUGCCGAUGGAAUUCUGUGGUAAUAUUUUAGUCGUGGGCAGCUCCUUCAUCUAAUUCCUUGCCCAGGUCAACCAGCCAUCUUUGUAAAAAAAUGUGUUCUCAGCACAUGGCCAUUCCUGGCUGGGCCGGCAUUAAUUGCCUAUCCCUAGUUGCCCUGCAGAAGGUGAUAGUGAGCUGCUUUCUUGAAUCAGUGUCGUCCUCGGGUUUAGGUGUACCCGUGGUAGCAGAGUAACUUUUAUUUGUCAUUUCUACCAUAUACAACUGAUCCAGUUAAAACGAGACAGCGUUCCUCCAGG